AAAAUGAAGCUAGUAGAUUAGUAAUUUAGACCUAGAGAUCUAUGCUUUAAGUGCCAUAUUUUGAUUAUGUUGGUUUACGUUCUCUUCAUUAAAUGAAAAAAAAAGAUUAAACUCAAAAUCAGGAACAUGAAUUAAAAAGCCAAACAUAACAGAAAUUUUCGAAACUACUUGUGUGAUUCAGCGUUGUGGACAUGCUUAUACACAUGAAUAUUUAGUGUGUUAGCAAAAGAACUAUUACCAUGCACACGUUAGAUGGUGACAUGGACACAAUGAGUGUACUGAGAAACAAAUUAAGUACACCUAUUCACUUGGAAACUGCUACAUCCCAAACUGUGAUAUAUAGACAGUCAAAGCAUGAAACAGGUGACACGCAAAGAGUUUCGCUAACAGUGGAAUCUCCUGGGUUUCGUAGAGUCAACAGUGGAAGCUUGCGUGAGCACAAGCUGAAACAAACCCAGGUGGUAGAAACAUGUAGCCAAGAUGGGAAAAUGUCACCAAACUUAACUGUUCAGCGGCGCAGAUCAAAAGACUUGAAUUCCAGUCAGGAGUCUUUGUCUUCUCCUGGUCUACAAAGGUCCUCCUCAAGGGCUAGCUCAACAGACUUGAGAGAAAGUGACGAAGGCAAUAAAGAUGGGUCACCCUCCCACAACUCCGCCAACUGUAGCCGCAGCGCCUCCCCUGACAAACCACACAACACAUUUGAGAGCCCAUCCUGCUACAACAGCUUCUCUGAUGGGGGGGACCUCACAGAGUUUGGCACCAACAGCGGCAUCGGCCUGUUGGCACCGUUUGAAAAGAGGCCAAGCUCUGCUCAAGAUAACUAUGAAACAAACAACAGUCGGCCAAACUCGAGGUCUUUUGAGAGGUCAUUAGAUAAUAUCUUAGAUAAAUGUUCUGAGAAAUCUCUGGAUCUGAACCUGUCUGUGGAUUCCUGGAACUCUUCAGCUCUGGAGGGAGGCAAAUCCCCUGACCAACACUCCUCUGGUAGUGCUGCAAAAGGAUCUAAAUCUGAGAAGAAGAAAAACCGGUGGUACAAUAAUGAAAUGGACAAAAGAAAGUUUGACAGUAUGCGCAGCAAAAAGACACUCAAACGAAGAAAACAGAUUAUGAGCACUACAUACAAGUCCAGAAGUGAGGAUUACAGGAGGAUGUUCAAAGAUGUCCCCAAGGAUGAAAGAUUAAUUGUUGACUAUUCCUGUGCUCUGCAAAAGGAUAUUUUAGUUCAAGGUCGGAUGUACAUUUCACAGAACUGGAUUUGUUUUUAUGCUAAAAUCUUUAAUUGGGAGACUAUGCUGAUGAUCCCUUGUAAAGAAAUCACUGCUAUAACAAAGGAGAAGACUGCCAGAGUGAUACCCAAUGCCAUCCAAAUCACCACAGAAAAAGAACGUUACUUCUUCACUUCCUUUGGGGCUCGGGACAAAACGUACAUGAUGCUGUUCCGCAUCUGGCAGAAUGCCCUGCUUGACCAGCCAAUGUCAGCCAAAGAGCUUUGGACCUGGAUCCAUUACAACUAUGGCGAUGACCUUGGCCUGACCACUGAAGACGAGGACUAUGUGCCGCCACAGAGUUUUGAAGAGUUGUCUGAGAAGCUGAAGGAGGAGAUCCCCAUCAUAAAGUUCUAUCACCCCCAGGAGCUGCAGACAGACUCCGAGGCGCUGACCACCACAGCUGACAACAUCCAAACAGCCAGCAAUGAGGAUACAGACGCCUUUGUUUCUGAUGAAGUCUUCAACCAGCCCCUGCUCACAGAUUCCAUCCCUAUUGUUUUGUCCAAAGCCCAUCUAGCUAAACUGCCUGACUUUCUUGAUUCAAGUGAUGAUAGUGAAGGUGAAUACUUCUGUGCUGGUCAUGAUCACCUGGAGAAAAUGUACCUGGACGAGGUGUUCAGCAUUAACAUCGACACCGUCUUCGAGUGUCUCUUCACAGACUCCCCAUUCUUUCGACAUUUCGUCUCUUCGAGGAAAACUUUUGAUUUACAUUUGCCAAAUUGGGAGGAAGAGCCAGAUGAAAACGGAAACAAAGUGCGAAACAUCACAUACACAUUAACACUGAACAACUCCAUUGGCCCCAAGACUUCUCCUUCCACAGAGAAACAGAUAUGCUACACCAUGAGCAAGCCAGGAAGGAUCUAUCAUGUGGACUGUGAAUGUUGUAAUGGUGGCAUCCCCUAUGCGGACUCCUUCUAUGUCUUGCUGCGCUACUGCCUGACCAGGGUCUCUCCCAUCAAGUGUCGUGUGGUUGUCACAGGAGAGUUAAAGUACAAGAAACAUGUUUUGGGAAUGUUUAAAGGGAUGAUAGAAAAAAGUGCUGUCAAUGGUUUGACGGAUUACUGCAGGCAGUUAUCUGUUCACCUGAGGCGUGAGGCAGAGAGACAAGAAGCCAUUGUUGUUGGUCAUCAGAACAUCAUACCUAAAAAGAAAGUGAGGCGGAAACGGGUUAAGGUGCAUGCGGCUUCGUCAGACUCUGCUGCAGCAUCGCGCCAACAGUUCUUUGAAAGGCAAACCUCGACACCACCAUCACCCUCCAAAGCCUUGUACAAGGAUGAGAAGUUGAUAGAACUCAAUGCCCACACUUUGGUUCGGGUCAUCAUUGUUGUGCUGGUCCUCCUGCUUCUAUUCAAUGCUGUCCUGUUUUACAAGCUGUGGUCACUGGAGAGCUAUGCCAGCUCACUGUAUGGGACACCCUCACAGGAAUCAAUCGAAUCCUUAUCGAAAUACCCCCGGACCCAAGAAGAAUGGAGUCAACUCUUGCAGCAACAAAAACACUUGCAUGAGAGUGAGAUCAACAAGUGGGAAGAGGUUCUGGCAACUUCCAUCAACAUUGUAGAGCAGAUGAAGGCAUCACUCCUGAACUUACAAAAAUCUCUGAGAGCAGGUUCCCCAGCACGGGACGAGCACUGACCUUUGACCUUAACAUUCCAAGAUCUUUUUAUUUAUUUACUUGUUUUUGUUUUGUUUCUCCUGGUCCAACUGUUAUUAAUAUUUUUGAUGGAUAAUGUUUGUAAAUUAUUGACUGGGUGUUUAAUGCUUCAGGAACAAGAGAGAACAAUUCUACAUGUUACAUUCUAAACAUUUUUUAAUCUUUGUUUAACUCCCUUUUUGUUUUUAAAAAAAAAGAAUUUCGAUUUUUACAUAUUCUGUGAUAAACCAUCACGUUACUUUUUACUUGAGUUUAAAUUAGUUUAUUAUUGUUUCACCUUUAAUGUACUGAUUUCAUUUUUACUACAACAUAAAACAAAAUACAUCAAUCAGGGUCAACAAAUGUAAAAAUUCUAUUGUCAUUAACUCCUUUUGUUUCACUGAAUAAGAACAAAUAUUUGUUAGAAAAAUUUCAAAACAGCAUCUUAACUAUGUUGGCAUAAUUAGUUUUUUACACUGUACUGCAGUCAUAAUGAGUUUAUCAGGCCCCUGUUAAUGAAGAUGUUAGUCCCACCUAUGAACUUGUUAUAGGCUCCACCAGACAGGUAUGUCUUGUGGUAGUUGAUCUGAUCUCUUCAGCUCAUUUUGUUAUGAUUUGUAUGUAUGAUAAUUCUUCUGCUGUUGCCACCAUUUUGUUAUGAUU